GAGGGCGCCUGGGGCUGCAGUGCUGCCGAGAUUCGUGCGUAUGUGCAGAGCCCUGGCGCGGGUCGCCGCUCCGGACCCUCCCGUGGAGCACGGCUGCGUCCCCGUGCUAGCCUACCCCGCGGGGCGCAGAACAGAGGCACCCUGUUUUUCCGGGUAACUGGGCGAGCCCCGCUCCUCUGCGCCUGCGUCGUCCCAUGUGUAGCCUGAAGGUUUGGGCAGCCGUUUGUAGCCUGUGCUCCCAUUCCGGAGCGAUCCUGGGGAUGCGCGCUCUGGAUCCCUGCAGUUAGGCUCCUGGAGCCUGAGGACGCGUGGUUCGGGUCCGCUUGUGCUAGGACGACUUGAGCUAAAGAGCAGGCCUGUGGGGUUUGCAAGCUCCCCGCCUGGCUGCUGCCCGCCAGGCACCUCCUAGGAGUUUUAAUGCGCUCGUUUUCCUUGGUAGGACGCGUCUGUGGCUUGCGGGAGGCGGCGGCAUGGACAGAUUCCUUGUGAGACCGGACCGAGGCGACAUCCAAGGGGCCGCGGAGGAGCCCGCCCCUACGGGAGAAGCCUCAGGCGACAUGCAGAGCCCCGGCUGGCAACACUUUCGCGCGGAAGGUCUGAACUGCGAUUACACCGUCCUGUUCCGCAAGGCCGAGGCAGACCAGAUUUUCCGAGAGUUGGAGCAAGAAGUGGAGUAUUUUACCGGUGCACUGGCCAAGGUGCAGGUGUUCGGAAAGUGGCACAGUGUUCCCAGGAAGCAGGCAACCUAUGGGGACGCUGGCCUCACAUAUACGUUUUCUGGUCUUACCCUGACACCAAAGCCGUGGAUUCCGGUUCUAGAGCGCGUUCGAGACCAAGUCUGCAGGGUGACAGGACAGACCUUCAACUUUGUGCUCGUGAACAGGUACAAAGACGGCUGUGACCACAUUGGGGAGCACAGAGACGAUGAACGAGAACUGGCCCCGGGGAGCCCCAUCGCGUCCGUCUCCUUCGGUGCCUGCAGAGACAUCCUCUUCCGGCACAAAGACUCUCGGGGGAAGAGGCCCCGGAGGGCAGUGGAGGUGGUCAGGCUGCAGCUGGCCCAUGGAAGCCUGCUGAUGAUGAACCACCCCACCAACACCCACUGGUACCACAGUCUCCCCAUCCGCAAGAGGGUCCUGGCUCCUCGGAUCAACUUGACUUUUAGGAAAAUUUUACCUACUAAGAAAUAAAACAUGUCUUUAUUAUUUUUA